GCUCUUUACCUGUGCCUGGGACCUUAAAUGAGCUGACGCCAGAAGAGAAAGGCACUUUCUCUUAGGCUUAGCAGCAAGUGGCAGCAGCAGCAGAAGUGGCAAUGAGACGCUCUGUGCUCUUCGCUGUGUGCCUCGGCCUGGUGCUGAGCCUUCUGAAAGAAGCCCCUGCUGAAACAUCUGCUGGCACAACAGUGACGCCAAGCUCAAUACCUGCAGAAUACGGUACUGAAAAUGGAACGGGUCCCGACCCACCAGAGAUGCCAACCUCAGAAGGUACAGAAUACGGUACUGAAAAUGGAACAGAUCCCGACCCACCAGAGAUGCCAACCUCAGAAGGUACAGAUAACAGUACUGUAAAUGGAACAGAUCCUGACCAACCCUCAGCACCUGCAGAUAACAGUGCUGAAAAUAGAACAGAUCCUGACCAACCCUCAGCACCUGCAGGAAACGAUACUGAUAAUGGAACAGCUACUGAGCCAACAGAGACGCCAAUCACAGAACCUUCAGAUAACAGUACUGUAAAUGGAACAGAUCCUGCCCCAACCUCAGCACCUGCAGUAAACGGUACUGAUAAUGGAACAGCUACUGAGCCAACAGAGACGCCAAUCACAGAACCUUCAGAUAACAGUACUGUAAAUGGAACAGAUCCUGACCCAACCUCAGCACCUGCAGAUAACAGUACUGUAAAUGGAACAGAUCCUGCCCCAACCUCAGCACCUGCAGUGGACUUCUGCCGUGGAGAUCCUUGUGGAAGUUCAGCUACCUGUAUUUCCUUACAAAGCAAUUAUACCUGUGUGUGCAAAUAUGGAUACUACUACAGCAAUAAGAGUUGUAGCAAAGGGCAAAUAUACCCAGCCACCAUUACAGUGAAUGCAUCUUAUAGUGAAAAUCUUCAAUUUGUAAAUUCCACAGAGUAUCAAGAACUGUCCAACAAAUUAUCAGCCUUUUUUGAGGAGGCCUUUGAAACUCUACCAGGCUAUGAAGAAACUGUCAUCGUGAAAAUUCAACGUCCAGGUGAAAGCAGAAAUGCUGCUCCAGGACUGAAUGUAGCAGUGACAAACCUGUUCAGGGAGAGCUCCGAUGCAACUGCGGCCACGGUUAGCGCUGCAAUAGAAAAGGCAAUCGGGAAUGACCGGUCCUUGGUUGAUUCUUAUGAGGUGGCAACACAUUGUGAUAUUUAUGGAUGUGAUCCUAAAACCACAGUGUGUGAAGGGGAAGAUUUUCCAGAAUGCAAAUGCAAACCUGAUUUAGAAAAAACACAAGGGGAUGAUCGUUCUUGUAAAGUUUGCAGUAAAACCUGCUCUGCACUGAAACACAAGUACUGCAUACAAGAAGAAGUGGGUCAAACAUGCAAAUGUAUGAUUAACUUUAAAAAUCAGGAUGGAGAAUGUGUGGCUUGUUCAGUGGGCUUCUCUGGGGAGGACUGCACUGACAACAGUGAACUCAUCCUUAUAAUAGUGGGCACAGUGUUUGGAGCCAUUAUCCUGAGUUUAGUGAUAGCAGUCUCUGUUAUUUCAGUCAGAGCAAAGCACAAACAAAAUCCAGAGAAGAGGAGCCUGAUGAAGUCAGGGUAUUCUGACAUUAAUGCCUCUGAAGACAGACCAAGCAUGUUCCCCAGGGUGCAGACCACUUCUGGCCAUGCAAACCCAGGAUAUCAGCCCAACAACCCCUAUGAGAUGCGUUCUGCACAUAGAGAUCGUUUUCCAGAGAGGGAUUAUGAUGAUUUGUACGAAAUGUCACGGGAGCCCACGGGCUUUAGGACGCAGAGCAGAUACUGAGUGAGCAGAGCAGCAGGAGGAUGGACGACCACCACAACACUGGAUCAGAGCAAGGAGUUUCACAGCCUCUCACCAAUGCAGUUACUUCAGCAGAAGAGACAACAACGACCUUAACCCCAGAUUCUCUCAAGGUUUUCUAGAGGAAGAUUCUUGCUUGAAAGAGAUCAACUUUAAAAUAAGGGAAAAAUGUUAGGGAGUAGGGUGAAGAAGAGGACUUCUUUUAAAAGAACUAAUGUGCUCCAAUAAACAUUAGGCUUCUUCAAAGAGGCCAGUGCAUUGGCAAGAGAGUGAAUGUACACAAGAUACCAGGAUUCUAACCCUGCUGGUUUUCAGUUCUUCUGGAAGAUGGUCCAGGCAAUAUUUGUGAUGCUGAAAAACAUCAGUACCCAGAGCUUCACUUGGAUUUGUGCUCACUUAAUUUGAACUACAGCUUUGGGACGAUGAAAACUGUUUUUCAUGAGAAUCUGACCUGUUUCACUUUACUGUAUUAGAUACAGGUUUUUUCACCCUCCUCAACCCCCAGUAUUUGCCAUCUGAAAGCAUUUUGUUCAGUUCUCUGCUGACAUGGGUUGUGAGAGACAAUGGCACUUGUCUGACCUUUUCCACAGCCUUCUUUCCCAAUACAAUGGCAAUAUACAAUAUCUCCAAACAAACACUAUUCUUCUUCAUCUUGCAAAACUGCAUUGAUUUUACAUUUUUAGCUCCUGUGGAAAGUGUUAGCAUUUUUCUUUCUUCUGCAGUCUUUAUGUUUGAAUGAUAAUAAGCUUGGUGUUUGGGUUGGUUUGGUUUUUUUUUUUUAAAUUUCUUACAUUUCUUACAUACAGUCAAUAAAUCUGUCUGUAAAAGAAUUUGUAUUUUACCGAGUGUGCAUUAUCUGUUGACUGGCAUUAACAUUAUAUUUAUAUAAAAUACUUGUAUGCACACAUAUGUACAUAUAUUUAUAGAUUACAAUCAUUUAAAGAAUCAUUUAAUUCUGUUGUAUUUUGUGGUUUGGUUUUUAUAUGUGCAGAUUAACUUUUCCUAUUAAACAUUAUUUUUUCUCAGUA